AUGGCGCCCACAAACACAUCCCACAGACAGACACAUAAUUUGCUCUUGAUCUCCAAGCUUCUUAGCUUGAGAGACACCGCGUCACCGCUGACAUUGGUCUUGGACUCUCUAGAGCAGCCGGCAACUCCCUUGAUCAAAGAAUAUAUCCGACGCGCAAAGCUUUCCAAAACCCAUAUUACAUUUAUCGCAUUUGAAACAUUGAAGCCAUUGGAGGGCGUUGAUGCUUUUGUCUCCGCCCGCCGGAAGACUCCUUUGGAGAUACUAAAGGCAGUUGGUGCCGCCUACCAGGACGUCUCUUCCAGUGGCCCUUCUCGCAGGCGACUCAUUCUCAUUGAUGCUAUCAACCCGCUUCUACACUCCAAAAAGAACGACCCGCAGUUCCAUAUAUCGACCUUCCUAAGCUCCUUCCUCAUCCCGUCGAGUCCCACUGCUCCUAAGGUCGAGGUGUCGCUCGUGGUAAACUUCCACCAGGAUGUUCCAAACCCACCUGCUCAGUCGCCCUAUGCACCUUCGCCCCUUUCGAUGUUGACGUACCUCGCGACCACGAUUAUCCGACUUCAUUCAUUCUCACACAUACUGGCCCACAAAGCCGCGCGUGAUCGGAGUUUGGCCGCGCCUGUAUUUGGGCUUGAAGAAGAGCAGGAUGGUGUGUUGCUCGGCAGAUUGGAUAAGUCGACUGGCAAUGAAUCGGCCGAUGGGAUCGUGCUAGAGCUGGAACACCGAAGGAAGAGUGGCCGUGGGGUUCUGGAAUGGUACUUCCUUCCCUCGGCCUCCCGCUACCCUCCUCAAUAUGUGAAAGAGAUCGUGACUUUGCUGGAUGAUCACCCCUUGUACCGCCCACCACAGGAGCCCGACACAGGCGCUGGAGAAGAGGAGCCCGAAUCGACCUUUGAACUUCGCCUUACUGAAAGGCAGAGGCGCGAGCGGGAGGGUGUGGUGCUGCCAUAUUUCGAUGCACAGCAGGGCGACGGCCCUGGCGAAGGAGGGCGUAUCUUAUACGACAUGGGAGAGGAAGAUGACUUUGAUGAAGAAGAAGAUGAAAUCUAG